AUGCUUCGUACGGUUUGUCGCGUGGGCGGCUUAACCACAAUAACUGUUGGGUCAUUUCUGCUGGGUCGAAGUUUUGAGGGAGAAUCUGAUGUUUUCAAAAAAGCACACGCUGCUACUGCCCUCACGGUAAGAAGUCCUUUUUCCUGUUCGAUAUCUUAAAGUACUUUUCAGCCUGCACCUAUGCCACAAAUACCUGUGACGGUGCCUGACUAUGCCAGUACUUCAAAAGAAUUGGCGCCUUCUAGAGCUUCUCAAAUUAUGAAGUAUGGCUUCCCAGGAUUUGAUAAUUUACGAACUUAUGAAGACUUCGUGCUGUCCUACGACCGAAAAACUCGAACAGCUCACUGGGUGCUUUUUUGCGAUUGUGUGAUAAAUGGCUGACUUUCAGGUUUGCGAGCACUUGACUCCAGACAGGCUCGUGUAUGAUAAAUCUGUGGACAGGAAUCUCUGUUCGUUCAGGCCUGAUGAAAGCGUUCAUAAGUAUUUCCAGUCAAGAAAUGAAGAUUAUAAGGUUUCAGAGAAUACGUUUUCAACACAUAUUGAAAGUAAACUUGAGGGAAGUGGAUUUGAUCGUGGACACUUAGCAGCUGCGGGAAAUCACAGACGAUCCCAAUCUUCUGUUGAUCAAACUUUUCUUUUGACUAAUAUGAGUCCUCAAGUGGGAAAAGGUUUCAAUCGAGACAAGUGGAACUGCUUAGAAAAAUACUGCAGGUUUAGUGUUUUCUCAUCAAACAAAAACUUUUUUCAAAUUUGAGAGGAAGAGCCAAAAAAGCUUUGAAUACCUAUAUCUUAACCGGGCCUCUCUAUUUACCAAGAAAAGAGCUAGACGGAAGCUUAUAUGUCAAAUAUCAGGUGAGGUUAAUUCAAAAAACUUUUUUAAAAGUCUUUUGAUUAGACCAUUUGAAUUUUUUCAGGUCAUAGGAGCUAAUCAUGUGGCUGUUCCCACGCAUUUUUUCAAAGUUCUUCUUCUUGAAAUUGCGCCUGGAAAUUUCGAAAUAGAAUAUUACAUGCUUCCCAAUCAGGUUUGCGUCGAAAUGGAUUCUCGAUUUAUAACACGAAAGUUUUUCAGCCAAUUGACGAUUCUGUUGAAUUGACGUCGUUCCUUUGCGUUCCCGAGUUGAUAGAACGUAGCGCGGGAUUUUUAAUCUUUGCCGAUUUGCCGAAAAACCAAGUCAAGAAAAUAAACCGAAAAGGAACCGGAUUCUGGUAG